CCGUCGCCACCCGAACGAACCCCGAUCACUCGCACCGACCAUCCAGUGUGUCCUCGUCGUCUCCGACCUCGGCGAAACCCUAACCCCCCAUCGAAGCGCAAGGCCACCCCCGCGCCGGAGGAGGAGAAGAUGUCUCGCGUCGGGCCGAUCACCCAGGACUGGGAGCCGGUGGUCGUGCGCAAGAAGCUGCCCAACGCCGCCGCCAAGAAGGACGAGAAGGCCGUCAACGCCGCCCGCCGCGCCGGCGCCGACAUUGACAUCGUCAAGAAGCACAAUGCUGGGACAAACAAAGCUGCUCAUAGCGGCACAUCGCUCAAUACAAAGAAGCUUGACGAUGAUACAGAGAAUCUUGCUCAUGAGCGUGUCCCAUCAGACCUGAAGAAGAGCAUUAUGCAGGCUAGAAUGGACAAGAAACUCACACAGGCACAGCUUGCACAGGUGAUCAACGAGAAGCCGCAAGUCAUCCAAGAGUACGAGUCAGGCAAAGCCAUCCCAAACCAACAGAUCAUCGCCAAGCUGGAAAGGGCUCUUGGCACAAAGCUGCGAGGGAAGAAGUGAAACAGUCGUACAUGCGCAGCAGUUCAUGCUUUCAAGAGUUUGACUGCAUGUGUUCUUACCGCUAAACUGAUGUUGGCUUAGAGCCUGUCUACUACAAAAUCAUGCAACUGUGAGAAACCCUGGAAUUAGUAUUUCGCUUAGGCUUCGGUGAAUAUAAUUAGGUCUUUGUGAACUCUGCGUAUCUGGGUUUUGUAUUGCCAGUGUGUUCUCACCAAUGUGAAUGAACCAAGUUAUGAAUUCCUGAACCUUUAUAACCAGUCUUGGUGACUCAA